AUGGCCUCCGACCUCAAGCCAUCCGAUCAACGAUCUGCAUGCAAACCAGCCUUCACUGAAUUGAAGCUGGACGGCGCCGAGAGGUCGGAGACUCUGGCGCAGAUCGCCAAUGGCUGCGAGGAGUGGGGGUUCUUCCAGCUCGUGAACCACGGCAUCCCGCUGGAGCUUCUCGAGCGCGUCAAGAAGGUGUGCUCCGACAGCUACCGCCUCCGGGAGGCCGGGUUCAGGGCGUCGGAGCCGGUGCGCACGCUGGAGGCGCUCGUCGACGCGGAGCGGCGCGGCGAGGAGGUGGCGCCCGUGGACGACCUGGACUGGGAGGACAUCUUCUACAUCCACGACGGCUGCCAGUGGCCGUCCGACCCGCCUGCGUUCAAGGAGACCAUGCGCGAGUACCGCGCCGAGCUGCGGAAGCUGGCCGAGCGCGUCAUGGAGGCCAUGGACGAGAACCUCGGCCUCGACAGGGGCAGCAUCAAGGCCGCCUUCUCCGGCGACGGCCGGCACGAGCCUUUCUUCGGCACCAAGGUCAGCCACUACCCGCCGUGCCCGCGCCCGGACCUCAUCACGGGCCUGCGCGCGCACACCGACGCCGGCGGCGUCAUCCUGCUGUUCCAGGACGACAGGGUCGGCGGCCUGGAGGUGCUCAAGGACGGCCAGUGGACCGACGUGCAGCCGCUCGCGGGCGCCAUCGUCGUCAACACGGGCGACCAGAUCGAGGUGCUCAGCAACGGGCGGUACCGCAGCGCGUGGCACCGCGUGCUGCCCAUGCGCGACGGCAACCGCCGCUCCAUCGCCUCCUUCUACAACCCGGCCAACGAGGCCACCAUCUCGCCGGCGGCGGUGGCCAGCGGCGGCGGCGAGGCGUACCCCAAGUACGUGUUCGGCGACUACAUGGAUGUGUACGCCAAGCAGAAGUUCCAGGCCAAGGAACCCAGGUUCGAGGCCGUCAAGGCGGUGGCGCCGAAGUCAUCUCCAGCGGCAUAA